AUGGAAGAAUCUGGCGAAGAAACUAACACUAGUUUGGAGCAAUCGAAAUCAGAAGAAGACAUGGUUUGGAAACCUAAAUAUGACAUGGAGUUUGAUUCUGAGCAAGCCGCAUACGACUUUUAUAAUGAGUAUGGACGGAACGAAGGCUUUAGCAUUAGAAAAGAAGUGUGUGCCAAGGAUAAGAAUCAUGUACUCACCUCAAGGCUUUUUGUUUGUUGUAAAGAAGGUUUACGAGGGAAGGAUAAGAGAGACGAUUUGACCAAAAACCCAAGAGCACAUACAAGGACCGGAUGUGGAGCGCAUAUGGGCAUUAGGUUGGUUAGGCGUACAUGUAAAUAUUGUGUGUAUCGUUUUCAUGAAGAGCAUAAUCAUCCGCUUGUGAAGCAAGAAUGUGUGCAUAGAUUGCCAUCUCAACGGAAAAUGACAACCCCGGAUGGUGCUUUUCUAGAAUUGACCUCGAAUUCAGGAGUUCCGUCAAAAUCUGCAUUUGAAUUAAUGAGUAAAGAAGCUGGUGGAAGGGAGUCAUUGGGAUUUACAAAGGAAGAUCAAAAGAACUAUCUUCGAACUGUCCGACAAAGAAAAAUGAAAUUUGGAGAAGCUGGUUAUUUGAUGGAAUAUUUUUCAAAGCAAACGUUGGAAAAUCCUUCAUUUUUUUAUGAGAUGCAACUGGACAGUGAGGAACAGAUCACCAACAUUUUCUGGGCAGAUGCUAAAAUGAUAAUGGAUUAUGCUAUAUUUGGAGAUGUUGUAAGUUUUGAUACAACUUACAAAAUUAAUGAAGCAAAUCGACCAUUAGCGGUGUUUGUUGGACUAAAUCACCACAGGGAGACGAUUAUAUUUGGAGCUGCUUUAAUGUAUGAUGAGACUGCGGCAUCUUUUAUAUGGUUGUUUAAUACUUUUUUGAAGGCAAUGUGUGGGAAGCCUCCUAGAACUUUUUUUACUGAUCAAGAUGCUGCUAUAGCCAUGGCUGUACUACAUGUGAUGCCUGAUACGUACCAUAGACUUUGUAUAUGGCAUUUGAUGCAAAAUGCCUUGAAGAAAGUAGGUUUCUUAUUCCGAAACUCUAAUGGCGAUGAAAACCAAGGUAAUGUGCUCAACAAAUUUCUUUAUCAGAUUGAGGAAGAGAAUGAGUUUUUGAGUGCUUGGGAGUCCAUGCUUGAUGAUUACAAUGCACAUGAUGACCCUUGGUUGGCUGCGACAUUUGCAAUCAGAAAAAAAUGGGUGCAUGCAUAUGUGAAGUGGACAUGGUCAGCAGGAAUGGAAAGUACCCAACUUAGUGAAAGCUUUAAUGCUACUUUGAAGGGCUAUUUGAAAUCAGACUACCAGUUGCCUGAUUUUUUUACUCACUUUGAAAGAAUGGUAGCCGAUAAGCGGUAUAAAGAAUUGGAAGCCGAGUAUGAUUUGCAAUUCCGGAUUGUUCACUGCAAAAUGGAGGUAAUAAUGUUGAAACAUGCACGAGAAGUUUAUACCAAAGCGAUAUUUAAAUAUUUUCAGGCUCAGUUUGAAGACUCUUUAAAUUAUUCCAUCACGAAGUGUGUGUCAGAUGAAAAUUUUAUCUUCACAGUUGUUAGGGAUGGAUUCACUAAGGAGCGGUUAGUGAAAAGAGAAGGAGAGUUUACUGUAUCCUGCAGUUAUAGAAUGUUUGAGACUGAAGGUAUCUUGUGUAGGCAUGCUAUCAAAGUCAUGAUAGAAGGCAGAGAAACUACACUAAUAAAAAAGAUUCCUGAGCAAUAUGUCUUAGAAAGGUGGACCAAAACUGCAAGAGUUGAUAAUAUUGUGGAAGACAUGCAUGGGCACGAGAUCGUAGAGAAUCCAAGAUUGAAACAAAUUUCUCGAAAUAGAAACUUGUGUUAUAAAUUUGUUCGAAUAGCAUCAAGGGCAUCUGAGAGUGAGAAGGCAUAUGAGCUAGCAGUUAUGGAAGCUGAUAAAUUAGCAAAGAUUGUUGAAGAUGUGUUACGUCUAGAAAUAAACGGUGAUAAAGAUGUGGAAGAUCAAGACCAAAAUGUAUUGGCAGAUUGCUCUAAUGCAAAGGGAUUGAAAAAGAGACAAGCUACCCAUCGUGGAAAACGCAGAGCUAAGGGAGACUUUGAAGCUGCAUUAAGCAAAAGUAAAAAAAAGCCUUCUCAGGUUGCUAAAGUUCGGAAUCAUAGUGCGGCAAUGAACCAAUCUCAUGCACCUUCUUCACAUCAAUCUCAGGUCAUUGGGAUUUCAACUGCUGGAAAGGGGAUAGAGUUAUGUAGUCAAUCUUCAUCGUCUCUUUCACAGUCAUCUCAGGUAUCUAUCCACCCUCCUAUGAUGGUUGGUAAUGAUCAAUAUAUGCAAUUGCUCUGUCGUCCUUAUAACAUUCAUGAUUUGAAUAUGUCAAACGGAAUGUUUUGGAUGCCUUCUCAAGAAUCCUCUGCGGCAAGUACACAAGCAUAUGUUCAAUCAAAUAUCAUAGGAUUUCCAUCUACAUUGCAAGACCCAGGAAUGUCAAAUCAUCAAGAGCUCUAG